AGCAGAACAACUCAUGCCUACAUAAGGUACAUGUACACAUUUAUACUGCUAUCCACCACAUGUACAAUACGGUGCUACAUCCCGACGAACGAUCCAAUUCUAAAUGAAGGGUCCGUGGCGGCGAGAUUUGCCGAUCCCGGCCGUUCAUCUCGGGGAAUGAGGGAAUGAACGAGAGGUCUCUUUUAUACAGAGUCGCAUCUUCCACCCUCUUGCUUACAUUUAAAGUUCAUACUUGCUCACACCAGGCAGUAAUUAGGCUCCUCCGUGACUUAGGGUCUCACCCCGUCCAGAUACGUCGAUUCAUAAAUCAGCAACUUGAAUGUACUUAACUCAUGUUAGAUCGAGGGUCGGAGGAAAUUGGCCCUGCCAGAGGCUCAUUGACCACUUCUGAAGGUGUUUGGUACGGUGAAUCUUGCUCUCAGCAAGGUUUGGGCACACUUCAGAGUCCAACAGAAGUUGGGAGCUGAUCGUUGACGUCUACAGAUCAAUUGUUCUUCCACGAUUGGAGCCAACGAGCUCUUCAAGUGCGAGUACAACAAGGGAAGACACUUGAAGAAAAGCGGCUCCGGCAGAGGAUUCAGUGCCUUGAGAAAAACAUCUUCUCCUCCUUCUCUUUCCCGUGCUCCCAACCCUGCUCAAGAUCGCAUCCCGGGCUCAAUUCUAGUGCUUGUCCAUGGCUUGUCAUGAGAACGAGGGGAAAUUGGAGGCUUAAAAUUGCUCCUUCAUUCAUUGUUUGGUUCGCUUUGAGUUACAAAUUGAUAUCAUGAAUCGUCCUUAGAUUCACUUUUCCCGAUUCUUAGGUAAACGUGUUUAAAGGCGUCUGCAGACGAUGUUUUGGCCCAAAGGGAUUUUGGGACUGUAUCUCAGUCUCAGUCAUCUGUAUUUGUCAGUGUUCAGUGUUUCGGAUCAUUUUCGGACUUAUGGCUCAUUCUUGAACAAGAGAAACAACUCCUGUACAGCCUUGGAUAAAUCGUGUGACGAGUGCAUUCAGAAUAUUGACUGUGUUUGGUGUGUGGAUCCCGAAUUUCCUUUGGGAAACAGUCGAUGUGACCUUAAAGAAUGGUUCUCAAGCAAUAAGUCAAGGUGUGGUCUGGUGGAGGAUCCAUCAACCAUCAUCACCAUUUUGGAAGAUCGUCCCCUAACUCCACAUGCCAGCUCCGAUGACGAUUUCGUCCAAAUCAGGCCACAACGGAUUAAGAUCCGAGCAAGGGUGGGCAAAGAGGUCACUGUCAAAUUCCAAGUGGCCCAUGCGAAGCAAUACCCGGUGGACUUGUAUUAUCUCAUGGAUUUGUCCAAUUCCAUGUCAGAUGAUCGGGAUAAUAUUGUCAAACUGGGUAGAGAUUUGGCUUCAUCCAUCCAGGAGAUCACACGGGACUUUCGCAUCGGUUUUGGGAGCUUCGUGGAUAAAGAAGUCAUGCCCUACAUCAGUUUAGUCAAGGGGAAAAACUGCCAACAGAAGAAAUGUCCCUUGCCCUAUAGUUUUCAACAUCAAAUGAGUCUAGGACCGGAUGCAAGACUCUUUCAACGAAAGGUCAAAGAAGCGCCUCUAUCUGGGAAUAUCGACAAUCCUGAAGGGGGAUUCGAUGGACUUGUGCAGGUCAUCGUGUGUUCAAAACAAGUGGGUUGGCGCGACAAAGCCAGACGAGUCAUCAUCUUCACCACCGACCAGACCUUUCACAUUGCCGGUGAUGGCAAAUUAGGCGGAAUUGUGGUGCCAAACGAUGGUCAAUGCCAUCUCAAUGCCACAGGUUUCUACGACUACGCCAAACACCAAGACUAUCCAAGCAUCGCCUUCAUCAACGAAUUGGCCAAGAACUACUCAGUCUCCAUGAUCUGGGCUGUGACCGCCGAUAAAUUUCAACUCUAUGACAUGCUCUCCACAAUGGUGGAAGGAUCUACGGCGGGUCAGAUUUCGACGGAUUCUUCGAAUAUCGUUAAACUCGUCCGUGCCCAAUACGAGAAGAUAACCACGUCUAUAAAAGCGAUUACGAAUUCUUCCACCUCUUGCCCGAGUCGAAUCACAUCCGAAUGUGAGGGGAAUGGUCCGAAAUGUGAGAAUGUCCAACUGGGAAUGGCCAAGAAUUUCGAAUUGCAUUUCAGACUGACGGAAUGUCAAUCGGAAACAUUUGCAGUGUCUCCAGUGAGCUUGAACGACAAAAUGAUUGUGGAGGUUGAACCUUUUUGCGAGUGUCCCUGUGACACUUCCGAAGGUGUCGCGAAUGAGGAAGAGGCAACUUUGGAACAAAGUCAGGAUUGCAAUUAUCAUGGACGAUUGAGUUGUGGCGAGUGUCUGUGUUCCAACGACUUCUUUGGACCCAAAUGUGAGUGUUCCAAGAAUCCGAAUACGAACUUGACAAUCAACAUGGACGACAUCUUUGCCACGUGUAUCAAGCCCAAUAUUUCGUUCCCGUUCUUGUGUAGUGGGCGUGGCAGCUGUGACUGUGGUGUGUGCAAAUGCGACUCGCCUAAGGAAGGAGUUAUCAUUUCUGGACUGUUUUGCGACAAUGUCUGCGACAAUACAGCUUGCGAGAGGGACGAAUCCAACCAAACCUGCAGCGGCCAAGGGAAAUGCGUUUGCGGCGAGUGCGUCUGCAACCCACCAUGGACUGGUCCCAAAUGUAAUUGUUUUCAGAACAAGGAUCCUUGUCGCUCUUCUGAAAGCCCGCAUCUGAUUUGUUCCGGUCAUGGGAUAUGCCCUUGCGACAGUUGUAUUUGCACCGAUGACGGAUGGAGCGGGCCCCUUUGCAAUGAAUGCGAAGUCUGCGGUUCCAUUUGCGAAAACCUCCGACUAUGCGUCGAGUUUCUGGCCUUUCAAGAUGAAAAAAUGGUCUCGGAACCUUAUGAGACUGAAGAGGAACGAUUGGGCAUCAUCGCCAAUGCCACUGAAAGAUGUCAAACCUUAUUGACUUAUUCUGAAGAGUUCCCAGAGGAUAUUCCCAAAAACUAUGAGAACUGCACGUUUUUGCGCAAUAAUUGUAGAUAUAUUUUUUCUUAUGAGCCCAUAGCGGGCAUCUUUGACACUCGUCAAGUCUAUCUGCACCUUACUGAUGACGGUCUCAAAGAGGUUUGUCCUCCUCCCGCCGAUUAUCUGGGUCUUAUUUUUGGGCUCAUUGGAGCCAUUGUGUUUGUUGGUCUUAUUACCGUUUUAUUGUGGAAGGCCUUCACCACAAUUCAUGACAGGCGAGAGUUUGCUAAAUUUGAAGCUGAACGUAUGAAUAUCAAGUUUCCAUCCCACUCCAAUCCAAUUUUUAAACAAGCCACCACGACGAUUCAAAAUCCAAUUUUCAAUCACCCUGAUUAUCUGUGAAUGCCGAUGUGUUUGUGUUCAAGGUCGAGAUGUUCUAGUCAAACUAUCUGAAUCCUGCCUUUCUCUAGAUAUGUUUUUAUAACUUUGUAAGAGGCAUUAAUUAACCUAUCUUCUUUCUCAGGGCUACGUGCCAUCGAUCAUGUUUUAGCAAAAAAUACAAGAAUGUUUUAAUGUGUCA